AUAUAUAUAUAUAUAUAUAGCCUAUAUAAACAAGCAAACAAUUGAGCCUGAAAGCAGGGGCCCAAGACAAAAGGCUUAAUUAGCGCUUAGCAGCGAGGAUGGUUGGGCAAACGAUGGCUGUUGUCGGUCAAGCCAACAAGUUUCAUCAAAAGAUGCCUCUUGUCCGGCAAGCCACGCAGCCGCGUUACAUCCCCAAGCGCGGACGGGUCCUUUGGCGAGUCCUGCGUGCCGUCCUCCGCAGUUCUAUCGGCCUUCUCCAAGAAAUCAAUGACACUGUCAUCAACAACAACAAUCACAACCACAACCAUAACCAUAAUUCUCUCAUCAACAACAACUAUCACAACCACAACGGCACCACCACCAACAUCAAGAACCACAACGUCAACAGCAAGAACAACAACGGCAACAGCAAGAACCACAACGGCGGCAGCAGCAACAGCAAGAACCACAUCGGUGGCAGCAGCAACGGCAAGAACUACAACAGCACCAUCUGCAGCAGUAGCAGCAGCAACAACUAUAGCAACAACUAUAGUUACAACACUAAUCACAACAAUAAGAACAAUAGGAACAUUGGUCCCCUUCUUAUCCGUAACUGAAUGGAGUUCUGUCUUUCUUUAUAUAUCCAUCUCUAUGUUAUGUUAUAUCUGUACUAAUUUAUCCUUCUUUUCUCUCUAAAAACUGCCAUCUUUUGUCUUUGCUGCUCUGUUCUCUCUGUUUUCAAUUUUCUUCUUCUA